AUGGCCUACUUCAGCGUUCCUCAUUGCCACACACCAAACCAGUGGGAUCUAUGCCAUUGGAAACACUGCCUUUGGACAAGAAGACUAUUGAAGACAAGGCCCUGGAACAAAUGCAUUUAGAACUCACCCCAUCAAAAAACAAGUCCUGUGACGUUAGCCAAACGGAAGCGAAAUCUUUGGAAGAGCAUAUAUUACAAUUGCAAAAUCUAUGUCGUAUUUGUGGAGUUUCCUUUAACACCAACAGUUAUGAUAUGAAAUUUCUGGUUAAUGGUCCUGUUGAUGAUGUCACCCAAGAGGUGCUCAGGAAAAUGGGAUAUGAUGAUUGUUUUUGGCCAGAACUCAUCCGUAACACAUUUAGGAUAGAUGUCAAGACUGAUACAGAAGCCGGAUAUCCCACUCACUUCUGCUAUAAAUGCUGGUGUAUUGUGAUUCAGGCAAUUAACAAUACAACGAAUGAAGAUGCAUUCUUUCCGAUCAAUACAGUCGUUGAAUGGAAACCACAUUCCAAUCUUUGUAGCGUUUGCAGCUUUUCGGGUGGGGCCCGCAAACGAAAAGGUCUCAAACAAAGUCCACCUGUUACAAAGAAACCCAGAGUAGCAACUGAUGCUCUAAUGAGACCAAGGGUCAUUAAAAGAAAAGAUCAUGUAAAUAGCACAAGUCUGUUAUUGGCUAAAAAGAUUGUCAACUGCAAGAAGUUCCAUCUAACUUCAAAACUCCUUGUGCUUGAUUAUCCCAAUAAUUUUAUCCAGUCUGUAUCCUGUCAGGUUUGUGAGCACUUACUUGCUGACCCUGUGCAAUCACCUUGCAAGCAUCUUUUCUGCAGAACGUGUAUUCUCAAAUGCAUUGCAGUCCUGGGAAAGUAUUGUCCAGUUUGUAGAUUUCCUUGUGGUCCCAAAGACUUCUUAAGCCCUGUUAAAUCGUUCAUAAAUGUUCUCAAUUCACUUAUGCUAAAGUGUCCAGUGACAGACUGUGAAAUGGAGGUGAGACUCGGUGAAUAUUCGAAACAUGCCCAAAACCACAAAGAAACGAGAAUGAAGCAUGCUUACUCACCAGUCAACAAGGGGGGCCGCCCAAGACUACAUUUGCUUUCUCUAACCCGAAGGGCUCAAAAGCAUCGUCUGCGAAAUCUGAAGCUUCAGGUGAAGGCUUUUGCAGACAAAGAGGAAGAUGGCGAUGUAAAGUCUGUUUGUCUGACUCUGUUACUUCUGGCACUCAGAGCUGGAAAUGAGCACAGGCAAGCAGAUGAGCUGGAAGCUGUAAUGCAGGGCAGAGGAUCCGAACUGAAACCAGCAGUCUGCCUUGCCAUUAGAGUUAACACAUUCCUGAGUUGUAGUCAGUAUCAUAAAAUGUAUAGGACAGUCAAAGCAACAACUGGGAAGCAGAUCUUCCAGCCGUUGCAUGCACUUCGAAAUGCAGAAAAAAUACUGUUGCCAGGUUAUUAUCCAUUUGAAUGGCAGCCGCCUCUGGCAAAUGUCUCAACAAACACUGAGGUGGGAAUUAUAGACGGCCUGAGCGGCUGGACACAAUGUGUUGAUGAUUACCCAAUGGAAACCAUUUCUAGAAGGUUCAGGUAUGAUGUGGCCCUUGCUUCGGCCGUGAAGGAGCUCGAAGAUGAUAUUCUAGAAGGUCUGAAACAACAUAACGUGGACGAGUUUGUGAGUGGACCAUUUACUGUCGUGAUCAAGGAGUCUUGCGAUGGAAUGGGCGAUGUCAGUGAGAAGCACGGUUGUGGCCCACCUGUUCCAGAAAAGGCAGUGAGGUUUUCCUUUACGAUCAUGAGUAUAAGUGUGAUGAACGAGAAUGACGAGAAAGUGGUCAUUUUUGAAGAGCUGAAGCCCAAUUCUGAGUUGUGCUGCCGCCCACUUUCCCUGAUGUUGGCGGACGAAUCCGACCACGAAACGUUGACCGCGAUCCUGGGCCCAGUCAUCGCUGAGCGAGAAGCUAUGAAGAGCAGCGAUUUGAUUCUUGAGAUCGGGGACUUGCACAGAUCCUUCCAGUUCAUCUUUCGAGGCACGGGAUACGAUGAGAAGCUCGUUCGGGAAAUGGAGGGUCUUGAAGCUUCGGGCUCCAUGUACGUCUGCACAUUGUGUGAUGCCACGCGAAACGAGGCUUCCCAGAACUUGGUUCUCCAUUCCAUAACGAGAAGCCACAAGGAGAACUUGGAGCGCUAUGAAAUUUGGCGCUCAAACCCAUACCACGAAACCACUGAUGAGUUGCGUGACCGGGUUAAGGGGGUUUCAGCAAAGCCGUUCAUUGAAACCCAGCCAUCCAUCGAUGCCUUGCACUGUGACAUUGGGAACGCCACGGAAUUCUACAGACUCUUCCAGGAUGAGAUCGGAGAGCUGUACAAAAAUCAAAGCACAUCCAAAGAGGAGAGAAAACGGUGGCAGGCGAUGCUCGACAAGCACCUGAGAAUGAAGAUGAACCUGAAGCCUGUCAUGAGGUUGAACGGGAAUUUUGCCAGAAAGCUGAUGACCAAAGAGACAGUUGAGGCUGUGUGUGAGCUAAUUCCAUCUGAACGAAGGCGGGAAAUCCUCAGGGAGCUCAUGCACCUUUAUCUUCGGAUGAAACCAGUGUGGCGUUCCACGUUUCCAGCCAGGGAAUGCCCUGAGCUUCUUUGCCAGUACAGCUACAAUUCCCAGAGAUUCGCACAACUGCUUCGUACGGAGUUUAAGCACAGAUAUGAGGGGAAGAUCACCAACUACCUGCACAAGACUCUGGCUCACGUCCCUGAGAUCAUUGAAAGAGAUGGCUCCAUAGGUGCUUGGGCGAGUGAAGGCAAUGAGUCAGGUAACAAACUUUUUCGCCGUUUCAGGAAAAUGAAUGCCAGGCAGUCCAAAAGUUAUGAAUUGGAAGACAUUUUGAAACACCACUGGCUGUAUACUUCAAGAUAUUUACAGAAGUUCAUGGAUGUACACAACACAUUAAAGAAUGUAAAGUGUGAUACUCUACCACCUGAGCUGGUCAAUGAAGAAGAUACAGUACUUCAGAAUAAUUCCCUUGAUUUUUAGCUGAAUUAUUGGUGCUGAUGUUGGUUCUCAGUAUCUUUAACCCACAGCAGACUGUGAACAGUCUAUGUAAUGUGGACAGUUAGGCUUACCAUGGCCAAGCCUUGAACGCAAUAUUGGCAUUGAUGGGAGAAGCUCUAGCAGUAUUAUGGAAAAGUUGUGGUGGAUGCAGUGUUAGACAGUCUCACUGGUAAAUCUGUGUGACAACUGAAGCCACACGUGAGUGAAUGCUUCUAUAUUUGAAACCCAAGAGAUAUUCACAGAAAGCAGUAAUGUUGGUUACUAGUGCUUAGAUGUGAAGGAAAAAUGGGCAAGAUGUUA